AUGAAUUGCCGUAAAUGUACGAAAUUAAUAGUGCGGUCUUCAAAGGACAAAACGAAUAAAGUCCAGUGCAGUGUAUGUAAAGAGAAUUUCCACGGACAGUGCUUGGGUCUUAGUGAUGCUGACCUGAACGGUCUCCUUAUCUCUGGUCGUGCGUGGAUGUGUGCUGACUGUGCGUGUGAGCGUAGGAGGAGUCGUAGCCACAGCGAUGGUGGCAUUGUGUGUAGUGUCAACACAAAGGACGUAAGUAGCUUAGACGGCUUAAAAAAGUUGAUUCACGAACUAGGUGAAAAAAUGGACAGUGGUCUAAAACGUCUUGAACAAGACUUAGGUAAAUCGCUUGAUUUGUGUCAUGAAAAGCUCGACGAAAACUCUUGUAUACUGGCUACACAGCAGGCUAUCAUUGAUAAACAAAACCAGUUGAUUGAGUCUCUCAGAUUGGAAAAUUUAGCAUUGUCUAAAAAAGUCACGGAACUGUCGGUGAGAUUGGAUGAUGCAGAACAAUAUUCGAGGUCGAACACUCUUGAGAUUUACGGAGUUCCUGUCACUCAGAAUGAAGACGUCUCCAGCAUUAUAAAAGAGGUUGGUAAAGCCCUGGAUGUUGCAAUCACGGAGGAUAUGAUCGAUGCCUGUCAUCGUUUGAAGCAGCAAAAUAACCGGCCAUCUCCUGGGAUAAUCGUACGCUUUGUUCGCCGAGCUAUUAAGGAAAAAAUGUUGGAGAGGCGACGGGUGAAGAGGACUCUGUCUACAAGACAUAUAGGCAUGCCAAUGGAUACUCCCGUCUACAUAAACCAGUCUCUAUGUCCGGCUAGAAGAAUUUUAUUUGCUAAAACAAAAAGGGUGAAAAAUCAGAUGAACUUUAAGUUUCUAUGGGUUGACAAAACGGGUAACAUAAAGAUAAGAAGAGACGAAAACUCGGCCAUUCAUCUAAUCAAAACUGAUAAUGAUAUCGCAAAACUUGCAGGCAGUGGAAGCGGCGUUGAUAAGACGCCAACACAGCUGACUGCGAGUCGAAAAACUAACUAA